AUGCUUGACAACGACACACCAUCGCAUUUCUCCUCGCCCGGGCGUUCAGGCAGUGAUCAUCCGCAUAUUGUACGCGCACGACGUCCGCAAGCACGGGGAAUGUCUGAACAAGCCACAAAAGAAGACUCUGGAGUCGCCAGUCUGCCAGAACAUUGUUGGUUACUCAUACUGAAAGGUGGUGAAAAGCUUAGGGCUCACUUGUCAGGAUUCAACGCGAUAGCCAAGGCUGCCGCAUCUACCGACCUUCAAAACCUCCACUUGGCAAUUGGGGCGCAGUAUUUGCGCUUCCUUCCCAAAUUUGAAGACAUUCGGUAUGAUGAAACGACGGACGUUGGCGAAUAUCUGCCUAUCAUGGUGCAAGUUGGAACUUACAACGCUCCUGCUAAGCCAAAGAAGAAGGGCCUCAAAACCGAGCAAGUAUUGGAAGUGUGGGCCUAUCAUACACUUUCACAAAAGUCUACCGAGGAAGAUCCAGCAACCAUCUCUCUGAUCGAGCUUGUCGCCUUCAACAAAGACCAACAGCACGUGCCCAAUUUAUUCGGACUGGAGAUAGACGACCCCUGGGCCACGAAAAAACAGCUCGUCAAUCUCCUCCCACCCUUCGUCGGCAUUCGCAACGAAACAGAACUUCGUUGCUUGGUGUGCUACUGUCUUCUCCUUGCUGCCGCCGAGAACCACUUCUAUUUUGACGGACUCUCUAUAUCUAGAGAACCAGGUUUCACAGGUGUACUGGUCGAACUCUGCAAGAGGGCAUGGGAAGAUGAGAGAUUCCAAGCCCUUGGAAAGACAGGCGUAAUGUCAGACAAAAGCAAUUUGUGGGAUGGAGUUCCUAAGUUGGACGUGCAGAAGGGAAGAGAUGCUGAGCAGUAUUCAACGUCGGAGAGUGAGGGUGAAGAUAGAAUUCCGGCAGUCAUGCCCGAAGGUACGACGCAGCAUCUCAGAAAGGAGUCCAGGAGGAGAAGACGAAGGGAUUCAUGA